AUGUGUGGCAUCUUUUGUCUGUUGAGUCUGUCACCCACUCACUGCGAGUGGGACAAAACAGUUUAUGAACAUUUGAAGAGAAGAGGGCCUAACUCAAGCCAGGAUCUGACAGUUAUAGGUGGAAAUCCUCGCUAUCAGUGUUUAUUCUCUGCUCAUGUUCUUCACAUGAGAGGUAGUCUAACCCCUCAGCCACUUCAGGAUGACACUGGAAAUGUCCUGGUGUGGAAUGGGGAGGUUUUCGGAGGUCUGCCAGUGAUGCCAGGGGAAAACGACACUGCUGUUGUCGCUCGGUGGCUGUCGUCCUGCAGCAGCCCUUCAGAGAUUCUGUCUGUCCUGUCCAGUAUAAGGGGACCAUGGGGGUUUGUUUACUACCAGAAGGCUGGAGACUACCUCUGGUUCGGAAGAGACUUCUUUGGCAGGCGGAGUUUGCUGUGGAAAUUUGAUGCAGAGGUUUUGACCCUGACUUCUGUGGCAGCUCACACUUCUGGGAGUGAUCAGUUUUCUUGGCAAGAAGUCCCAGCAGUUGGUGUGUACAGGAUUGACCUGAAGGCAGUUACAGAAGCCGGCGCUGUAACAUUUGAGGUUUAUCCAUGGGCUCGUGCAGGAAAUGAUGUCAUCUCUACUUGCAGUGGUACUAUAUCAGAGUCUGUUCCCAGCGGCUGCACUGUUGUGAUGAACCAGUUAGGACUGGUACUCGCCUCACCCGUGUGUCCUCUUAAUAUGUCCACCCCUAAGUCACUAAAUGAGACAGAAGCUCAUCUAAACUCACAUUCAUCUGUCAAAGAUCUGGAGCAGCUGCUUGCAAGCAGAGAGACAAAUGAUGAAGUGAACUGUCUUAUUGAUGUUCUGAGUGAGGCAGUGAGGCGACGUGUCCAGUCUCUGCCUUUUCAUGUGCAAGACCAUCCACCUAAUGAUGACCAUGCUAGUGUUGCCAUACUUUUCUCAGGAGGUAUUGAUUCUAUGAUUCUGGCUGCCUUGGCCGACCGUCACAUACCUGCUCAUCAACCAAUAGACCUUCUCAAUGUAGCGUUUAAACUACAGGAGUCAAAGAAGCAGAAAGCUUCGUCUGCAAAGAAUCCCAAAAAGCACAUAAAUAAGCCAACAGAUUGUAAGACUGAUGGAGCUGCUUCCCAAACACCCAGCCCCUUUGCUGUUCCCGACAGAAUUACUGGAAAAGCAGGUCUCAUGGAAUUACAGGACUUGAAUCCUGAGAGAAGAUGGAAUUUUGUGGAGAUCAAUGUAACGCAGGAAGAGUUGCAGAAAAUGCGCCAGGGGCGCAUUUGUCAUUUGGUGCAUCCAUUGAACACAGUUCUUGAUGACAGCAUUGGGUGUGCUGUGUGGUUUGCAGCAAGAGGGACGGGGUUCGUCAUGGAGGACAAUGACCAGAGGCCUUUCACAUCUCCAGCAAAGGUCAUUUUGACAGGAAUUGGUGCCGAUGAGCAGCUAGCAGGUUACUCCAGACACAGAGUCCGAUUUAAGACGGCUGGACAUGAGGGACUGAUCCAGGAACUGGCCAUGGAACUGGGCAGGAUCUCCUCUAGGAAUUUGGGCAGAGACGACAGAGUCAUAGGGGACCAUGGGAAGGAGGCUAGAUUUCCCUACUUGGACGAGGACGUGGUGAGCUACUUGAAUUCUCUUCCGGUGUGGGUAAAGGCAGAUCUGUCACUUCCUCGAGGUGUCGGGGAGAAACUCCUCCUGAGACUGACGGCGAAACAGCUCGGCCUCGGCCAAUCAGCAGUGCUGCCAAAGAGAGCCAUGCAGUUCGGCUCCCGCAUCGCAAAGAUGGAGGACAGCCAUGAAAAGGCCUCUGACAAAUGCACAAGACUCUUCACUGGAUAA